AGGGUCAGGAUCACGGCAGAGGGUCCCGGACUCGAAAUCACCUAACUCUAGCCCUGCGUCUCUAGUGGUUGAAGUCGGCCCCUCCUAGCGCCCUAAUCUAGGUCACCAGUGGGAAAGGGCUGAGCUGGGGGGUCGCUAGAGGGGGUGAUGGGCGGGCUGUUUGCCCCAGAGGACGAAGAGUAAAUAGUCUCAGAGGCUGCCCCUCUCACUUCCAUUCGAUUGUAAUUCCACCCCCUGGUCGGUCGAGCCUCCCUCCCUCCCGCGGCCAGCGGGUCCCUCCCCGUCGGCUUCCUUUGCUGCCCCCGCCCCCUCGAAAAGCCCUGCCGCUCGCAGCCGGCUUCACUCCCGCACGCCGACCUCCCGGCUGCUGUCCUGCCUAUUUGAACUCCUCCAUCGUUCCCGGUCCAUUCCGGCUCCCUCAGCCCCCCGCCUCCUCACUCAGGUCAGGGGAUCCGUGGAGGCCGCGGCUCUCACGUCCCCCAGGAGACGCCCUUUUCCCUGUGCGCCCGGGACUUGGUGAAACUUUGCAGGCGCCCGCGGUGAAAUGGAUGUAAUGCAAGGCGUCUUGCUCCGGCUCUUGCUCCUGGCUUCCAGUCUCAGACCCGGUUCUGUGUCGCUCGGAGCAGCUCUCCGAAAACCAGGCAAGGUGGGGCCUCCUCUUGAUAUCGUGCUGAGCGCACUGAACUGCACAGCUUUCAGCAUCCAGUGGAAGGUGCCAAGGCAUCCGGGGAGCCCCAUCAUUGGGUAUACUGUCUUCUACUCUGAGGUUGGCAUAGAUAAGUCCCUGCAGGAGCGGUCGCAGAGUGUGCUGCUCAGCCAGGACACCCCGACCACUGAGGAAGUGAUCGGAGAUUUGAAACCGGGCACUGAAUAUCGAGUGAGCGUAGCAGCUUACAGCCAGACUGGCAAAGGGCGGCUCAGUUCUCCUCAGCAUGUUACCACUUUGCCCCAAGAUUCCUGCCUGCCUCCAACAACACCCCAGCAGCCGUACGUCACUGUGGUUUCUGAUUCCGAGGUGGCCCUGUCUUGGAAACCUGGAGAGAGUGAAGGAAGCUCCCCUAUUCAGUACUAUUCUGUAGAAUUCAUCAGGCCAGAUUUUGACAAGAGUUGGACCUUAUUCCAAGAACGGAUCCAGAUGGACUCCAUGGUCAUCAAGGGCCUCGAUCCGGAUACCAAUUACCAGUUUGCUGUGCGGGCCGUGAAUCCCCAUGGCCCCAGCCCCCGCAGCCGGCCCAGCGACACCGUCCGAACCUUCCGCCCCGAGGAAGCAGGAAGUGGCCGCUACGGACCCCAUUAUAUAACCGACACGGGAGCUGGUGAGGAUGACGACGGAUUUGAAGACGACAUAGAUUUGGAUAUUUCCUUUGAGGAGGUUAAACCACUUCCUGCUAUCAAAGGAGAGAAUAAGAAAUUUUUGGCGGAAUCCAAGACGGCGCCUAGAUCCAACCCAAAAACCGUUUCUAGGCUUGUUCCCCCUACCCCAGCCUCUCUCCCUCCAACUACGGUGGCUCCCCAGCCCACUCCAGUGCAGAGGAAGGGGAAGAAUGAUGUGGUUAUGAUGCCAAGGCUUUUUGACAUGUCUUGUGAUGAAACUCUCUGCUCUGCUGACAGCUUUUGCAUCAAUGACUACACCUGGGGGGGCUCGCGAUGCCACUGCAACCUGGGCAAAGGUGGUGAGAGCUGCUCAGAAGAUAUUGCUAUACAGUAUCCUCAGUUCUUUGGCCACUCCUAUGUAACCUUUGAACCUCUGAAGAACUCCUAUCAGGCAUUUCAAAUUACUCUGGAAUUUAGGGCAGAGGCGGAGGAUGGCUUACUGCUCUACUGUGGGGAGAAUGAACACGGGAGGGGCGACUUCAUGUCCCUGGCCAUCAUCCGCCGCUCACUCCAAUUCAGGUUUAAUUGUGGAACUGGGGUUGCCGUCAUCAUAAGUGAGACCAAAAUCAAGCUAGGGGGUUGGCACACGGUUACACUCUACAGAGAUGGGUUGAACGGGCUGCUGCAGCUGAACAAUGGCACCCCGGUGACAGGCCAGUCGCAGGGCCAAUACAGUAAAAUUACCUUCCGGACGCCUCUUUAUCUUGGUGGAGCUCCCAGUGCUUACUGGUUGGUCAGAGCAACAGGAACAAACCGAGGCUUUCAAGGUUGUGUGCAGUCACUCACUGUUAAUGGGAAGAGAAUCGACAUGAGGCCCUGGCCACUGGGGAAGGCACUCAGCGGGGCCGAUGUGGGGGAGUGCAGCAGUGGGAUCUGUGAUGAAGCCUCCUGCAUCAAUGGCGGCACCUGCACAGCGGUCAAAGCCGAUUCCUACAUUUGCCUCUGUCCCCUUGGAUUUAAAGGUCGACACUGUGAAGAUGCUUUCACCUUGACAAUUCCUCAAUUCAGAGAGUCCCUCAGAUCCUAUGCUGCAACACCCUGGCCACUGGAGCCCCAGCAUUAUCUUUCCUUCAUGGAGUUUGAGAUUACAUUUCGGCCUGACUCAGGUGACGGCGUCCUCCUGUACAGCUAUGACACGGGCAGCAAAGACUUCCUGUCCAUCAACAUGGCAGAGGGUCACGUGGAGUUCCGCUUUGACUGUGGCUCUGGGACUGGUGUUCUCAGGAGUGAAGACCCCCUCACCCUGGGCCACUGGCAUGAGCUGCAUGUAUCUCGCACAGCGAAGAAUGGUAUCUUACAGGUGGAUAAGCAGAAGGUAGUGGAGCGAAUGGCGGAGGGAGGCUUCACACAAAUUAAGUGCAACACAGACAUUUUUAUUGGUGGAGUCCCCAAUUACGACGAGGUGAAGAAGAACUCUGGCAUCCUCAGGCCAUUUACUGGGAGCAUCCAGAAGAUCAUCUUGAAUGACCGAACCAUCCACGUGAAGCACGACUUUACCUGGGGCGUGAAUGUGGAGAAUGCAGCCCACCCUUGCGUGGGGGCCCCUUGUGCCCAUGGGGGCAGCUGCCGGCCCAGGAAGGAGGGCUAUGAGUGUGACUGCCCCUUGGGCUUUGAGGGGCUGCACUGCCAGAAAGCCAUCACAGAAGCCAUCGAGAUUCCACAGUUUAUCGGCCGCAGUUACCUGAUAUAUGACAAUCCAGAUAUCCUCAAGAGGGUGUCAGGAUCAAGAUCAAAUGCAUUCAUGAGGUUUAAGACAACUGCCAAAGACGGCCUGUUGAUGUGGAGGGGAGACAGCCCCAUGAGACCCAACAGUGACUUCAUUUCCUUGGGCCUUCGGGAUGGAGCCCUGGUGUUCAGCUAUAACCUGGGCAGUGGUGUGGCAUCCAUCAUGGUGAAUGGCUCCUUCAACGAUGGUCGGUGGCACCGAGUCAAGGCUGUUAGGGAUGGCCAAUCAGGAAAGAUAACUGUGGAUGACUAUGGGGCCAGAACAGGCAGAUCACCUGGCAUGAUGAGGCAGCUCAACAUCAAUGGAGCCCUGUACGUGGGUGGAAUGAAGGAAAUUGCUCUGCACACUAACAGGCAGUACAUGCGAGGCCUCGUGGGCUGCAUCUCUCAUUUCACCCUGUCCACCGAUUACCACAUUGCCCUCGUGGAAGACGCCGUGGAUGGGAAAAACAUCAACACUUGUGGAGCCAAGUAACACCAGCUGGCCUUGCCCAAGGGACAGAGCCUUCUAUACUGAGAAUCCCAGGGGCCCCAAGACCCUGCCUGAUGCCAUACACAGAGGCACAGGGACCAGGUGUGUUUCCUCUCAUCAAGGAGAAAGUACACCCUGAUGAGAAACUAGAACCAAGAUAGGAGUCCCGUGUGGCCUUUCCUGCUGACACUCUGUGGGCCAAACCCAACGGAAUACUCUGUGUAGCAAGCAUCGGACUUUGUCCAUUGAAUGUGUAGUGGCUGCCAGAGAUCACACAUCAAUGCAAAUUCCAGAGCCUGUCUGCUGCAGCUCAAUGACUAUGUUGUGAUUCAUAGUGCAUAAAAAAAGAAAGAAAAAAAGAGAGACACAAAGGGCAGCAUUAAAAUAUUUCUCUCCUUCCCUGACUCAUGACACGCUUACUGACAGCGGAAUGACUGUGUGACCUCGAACCUUGGAUUUCCCACCUUGGCCCAGGAAUUAUUAGGAUUAACCCCUUCCACUCUUCACUGGCUGGUUCUAUGUGCUCUGACAAUUUCAUGAAAAUAAGGAUGAGGGGAGACUAGACGUAGAAUCGUAAUCAUAAUCCUGCCCCCCUAAAGCUGACCUUUAAUGAGAAGUCCCUACUUUUUAUAAUGCAAAUCUAAGAAAAUGGGCCCCCUGAUUUUGUAGCUGUCCUUUUGUAUGUGUAUAUUUUUAUAGCUGCAGGUUGUCUACGCAGUGUACUUUUGCAAGUUUGUGUGGACAACCCUGAAUUCUUUGCACACUUCCUAAAAAUUUUCUCCCGAAGGAGAUUUGUUGGGGCCCUCUGUGGCAUCAGUGGAAUGGGGUAGGUAAUUUGGGGUGGGCACCUUGGAGAGCUGACCAUUCUUUUUCGGUAAAUGUUGAUGGCUCUAGGAGAUAAAUAUGAAGCUUCCAAAAUAAGCAGAUUAAAAGGCACAUGUGUUACUGGGGUGGGUCACUGUCAUUUUUGUUUUAAGAGAGGUGAAUGUCUGUAGUAAACUUGAAUAAAGGAGAUGAAGAAGUUAGAACUCA